UUUUUUUUAAUUAACUGUCUUCCUUCUUGUGUUUCUUUCUUAGACGGGCACAGAGGGUAGAAUUCUCAUGUCCUGGGAGACAAACAUUCUUGGCUCAGCCAUGAAUAACUGUGUGCUCCUGGAGGAACUGCUGAUCAAAAAAUCCCAGCAGAAGAGAAGGACUUCACCCUCCAACUUCAAAGUGCGCUUCUUUGUCUUAACCAAAUCCAAGCUGGCUUACUACGAACAGCGCCACGGGAAAAAAAGGACUUUGAAGGGUUCUGUGGAACUUUCCAGGAUUAAAUGUGUGGAAAUUGUGAAAAGUGACAUCAUCAUUCCCUGUCAGUAUAAAUACCCUUUCCAGAUCGUCCACGAUAGCUACGUACUCUACGUGUUUGCACCCAACCGUGAGAGCCGGCAGAGAUGGGUCCUCACCCUGAAGGAAGAAACUAAAAACAACAACAGCUUGGUUUCAAAGUGUCAUCCAGAUUUUUGGUUAGAUGGCAAGUGGAGAUGCUGUGCUCAGACAGAGAAGAUGGCACUUGGCUGUGUGGAGUAUGAUCCCUCCAAAAAUGCCUCAAAGAAGCCUCUUCCUCCCACUCCUGAAGAUAACUGGGAAUUGUUUCUAUACCCCAAGGAAGCCUUGGUCAUAGCCAUAUAUGACUAUGAAGCCCAGAAUCCACAGGAGCUGACUUUACAAUAUAACGAGGAAUAUUAUGUGAUUGACAGCUCUGAAGAACAUUGGUGGCUGAUUCAAGAUAAGAAUGGGCACGAAGGCUACGUGCCAAGCAGCUACCUGGUGGAAAAAUCACCCGAGAAUCUGCAAAUGUAUGAGUGGUACAACAAGAACAUCAGCAGAAGCAAAGCAGAAGCUCUCCUCAGGGAUGAGGGUAGGGAAGGUGCCUUCAUGGUGAGAGAUUCGAGGCAGCCUGGCAUGUACACAGUCUCUGUUUUCACCAAAGCAUUAAGCACAGACAACAAUCCUGUUAUAAAGCAUUAUCACAUCAAUGAGACAACUGACUUUCCCAAGCGGUAUUACUUGGCAGAAAAGCAUGUGUUUGACUGCAUCCCUGACCUCAUCAACUACCACCAGCACAAUGCAGGAGGUCUCGUCACUCGGCUCAGGUAUGCGGUGUCUUCGUGGAGAAAGAAGGCCCCGAUCACUGCAGGGCUGAGCUAUGGAAAAUUGGUCAUUAAUGCCUCUGAGCUCACCCGUGUGCAGGAGAUUGGCAGUGGUCAGUUUGGGGUGGUCUACCUUGGCUACUUGCUGGACAAGACGAAAGUAGCCAUAAAGACCAUCCGUGAGGGAGCAAUGUCCGAAGAGGAUUUCAUUGAGGAAGCUAAAGUCUUGAUGAAGCUGUCUCACCCCAAGCUAGUCCAGCUUUAUGGCGUGUGCUUUGAGAACACUCCCAUAUGCCUGGUGUUUGAGUUCAUGGAGAAUGGCUGUUUGUCCGACUACCUCAGGAGCCAGCGGGGCACUUUUUCAAAGGAAACCCUGCUGGGGAUGUGCCAAGAUGUGUGUGAAGGAAUGACUUAUCUGGAACAAAACUCUGUCAUCCACAGAGACCUGGCUGCCAGGAACUGUCUGGUGGGGGAAUCCCAGGUGGUCAAAGUGUCCGACUUCGGGAUGUCAAGGAUUGUCCUUGAUGAUCAGUAUACCAGCUCCACAGGUACCAAGUUUCCAGUCAAGUGGUCUGCUCCAGAGGUUUUCUCCUACAGCAACUAUAGCACCAAAUCUGACGUUUGGUCAUUUGGAGUGCUGAUGUGGGAGGUCUUCAGUGAAGGUAAAAUCCCCUAUGAGAAUCGCACCAAUGCAGAAGUGGUGGAAGAAAUCAAUGCAGGAUUUCGGCUCUACAAACCCAAGCUGGCCUCCAAGGCAAUUUAUGAUGUCAUGAGCCACUGCUGGAGGAUGAGGAAAGACGAGCGGCCACCCUUUUCUCUUCUGCUGUUCCAGCUGAGUGAAAUCUCUGAGUAUGAUCUGUAAUCAUGGCACUGUUCACUCAGCACAGCUGAGAGUCCUGAGAGAAGAGAAGACUGGAUUUUCCCCACACAAAGCAUUAACAGGAAUCCUCUCACCAUAAACACUUGCCAUAUGCCUGGGGAGAAGAGAGGGCAGAGGCUGGUACUUCCAGACAGACAAGAUAUCCCCGGGUCUUCCAGAGCCUAGACAGACACAGGCUUUGGUUUGGCCAAGAAUGUGGUUUGCAUCUUAAAAGCAGAAGCAGCAAUUGAGCACAGAGUCCUGAACCACACAGUCCAGCAAAGGUAUUUCUCCUGAAGAUGCAGCCUCAAAACGAAGAGA